UCCUCUCACUAUGGCUCCGCCGGAAAAAAAACAAAAAAAGAAACCCAAUUCCGGCGAAAUGAAGAAGACUCCGUCAAAAGAGAUCGUCGCCAGUCCUCCCCCUUGUUUCUAUUUCAACCGCGGCUCGAGAGUCGAGGUCUGGUUUACCGAACAAGGCGCAUGGUUUCCCGCUCAUGUCCUCGACUCCAACUCAAACCCGCUUCGAAACCGGAAGCGCCGUCUGCUGGUGGAGUACGAGACUCUUGUCUCCGACGACGACUCCUCGAAGCCCUUGACGGAGGAGAUUGAGGCGUCUUUGCUCCGGCCGGCGCCGCCGGAGGAGAGUGAUGAAGGGUUUGAGGAGCAUGACGUGGUGGACGCGUUUCAUGUGGAGGGGUGGUGGCGUGGGGUGGUGAUGAGUGUUGAUGGGGACAAGUACACUGUGGGGUUUAAGAGCCCGCCGGAUUUGCUGGAGCUUGGGCGCGGCGAGCUAAGGCGGCAUUGGGAUUGGUGCGGCGGCGCGUGGACGAGGGUGGAGAAGGAGAUGAUGAUGCAAUUGGAUUUCAGCCCCUGGGAUGAUGUUGAAGUGAAUCUACACAAGGAACGUCUUUGGUGUGCUUGGACACCAGCAACUUAUGUUGGUCCUCUAGGGGGAAACUCUUUUUUGGUCCGUUAUGCGAGGGCAAAUAACGGUGAGGAAAGAGCAGUUGUGUCACGCCAUCAGAUUCGACCUUGCCCUCCACAACAAGAGGAAGGAAUUUGUGACUUGAUGUCAAUGGUUGAUGCAUACCAUGAUAGGAGUUGGUGGGUGGGAGAUAUUACAGCAGUACUUACAGGGGAAAAGUACGUUGUCAAAUUCAGAUACAGCAAGCAGGAGAUAGAAUUCAGUCGAUCUGACCUGAGGCACCACAUGGAAUGGAACGGUAGCAAAUGGUUGACUACUGAGGCACUUGAAGAAUCUAUGGUCAAUGAGGAACAGUUAAGAUAUGCAAAAAGCAGUUACAGAAACUCUGAAGGAAAAACACCUUGUUAUACUAAGUCUCGAAUGAAGCAGUCGACUGUUUUCGUGGAUAAAACACCUCGUGGAAAUACCAUUAAGAAGCUCAAAUUAUCUCAGCUUCCUGAUAAUGGUGCAACAUUUUCAAGUCCAACUCUUUCCAAGAAGUUAAAAUUGGAACUCUCAGAAGACUCCUUAUCUCUAGCAGCAUUAUUUGGCAGGGCAACACCAGUUAACAUAUCCAAGAGUAAAGGGCAUGGAGAGAAGUCUGAGCAACAGCUGGUUUGGCAUAUGGAUGGUGAAGCAACCAGUCCUGUUAAAAAAGGGGGUAGACAACGAAAAGCACCAGUUAAUAGCCAAUCUCCUGGUGUUAAACAAAAUGGUAGAAAGGCUAGACGACCAAAAUUGCAUGGAUAA